AAUCACGAUCCGCUGUGGGUCUCUGACUGAGAGGUCGUUCUGCUCCCAAAACCCAAAUUAAAGCAGGAAUAUGGUGGCGGAAACGUUCCGGACGUUGCGGCUCUGUCGGCAUCACCUGGCUCUGCUCCAGAAAUGUUCGCAUCCCAAAAACGCACAAGCGCUGCUGCACAGAUCCUUCAGCACACACAGGCCCGCGAGGGGCGCCCGGACGUUCAGGAAGCUGCUGGUGGGCGUGGCCGUCGGAGUUCCGGUGGCGCUGGGAGUGCGCUACGUCCUCUCCGAACCCAAAGAGAAGAGGAAGACGAGGAUAUUAGCCGAGGGAGCGGGGCGCUUCUGCAGAUCUCUCUACGUCGGGCUCCUGAUCUCGGUGGAUUACUGGUGGACGUCCAGCGUUGUGUUGCGAGGGGUGGAGGAGGACGGGACGGAGUUCGCGGCGGCCAUGUCCGCGUGCCACCAGCGGGCGGCCGACAGGAUGGUAGAGGGGGCGGUGAGGAACGGAGGGGUGUAUAUCAAAUUGGGACAGGGCCUGUGCUCCUUUAAUCACCUCCUCCCUCCCGAGUACAUCCACACCCUGCAGGUCCUGGAGGAUAAAGCUCUCGACCGCCGCUAUAAGGAGGUGGACGCUCUGUUCCUGGAGGAUUUCGACUCCACGCCCGCUCAGCUCUUCAAGAGCUUCGACUACGAGCCGAUAGCGGCGGCCAGCUUAGCGCAGGUCCACCGAGCAGAACUGCAUGAUGGGACGGCCGUGGCGGUGAAGGUGCAGUACAUCGACCUCAGGGAUCGCUUCGAUGGAGACAUCAGGACCUUGGAGAUCCUGCUGGACGUGGUGAAGUUCAUGCACCCCAGCUUCGGCUUCCGCUGGGUCCUCAAGGAUCUGAAGGGGACGUUGGCGCAGGAGCUGGAUUUUAAGAACGAGGGGAGGAAUUCGGAACGCUGCGCCCGCGAGCUCCAGCACUUCAAGUUCAUCGUCGUACCCAAAGUCUUCUGGGACCUGACCAGCAAGCGCGUCCUCACGGCCCAGUUCUGCGAAGGCUGUAAGAUCAACGACGUGGAGGAGCUGAAGAAGCAGGGGCUGAGCGCCAGAGACGCUGCAGAGAAGCUGAUCAGGACGUUCGCGGAGCAGAUCUUCUACACCGGCUUCAUCCACGCCGACCCACAUCCUGGUAACGUGCUGGUCCGGAGGGGUCCCGAUAAGAAAGCAGAACUGGUUCUUCUGGAUCAUGGACUCUACCAGAGCCUCAGCAAAAGCGACCGGGUGGCGCUGUGCCAGCUUUGGCGCUCCAUCAUUCUCAGGGACGAGGCGGCCAUGAAGAGACACUCCAAACAGCUUGGGGUAAAAGAACGCGAUCACUUCCUGUUCUGCGAGAUGCUGCUGCAGCGCCCCAUCAACAUGCGCCAGCUGGGCCUGGCGAACGUCCUGAGCCGAGAGGAGACGUCCUACAUGCGCAGCAUGGCGGCCGAGCGCUUCGACAGCAUCAUGGACGUGCUGAAGUCGCUGCCCCGACCCAUGCUGCUGGUGUUCCGCAACAUCAACACCGUGCGCAGCAUCAACAUCGCGCUGGGAGCGCCCGUCGAUCGCUACGCCCUCAUGGCUAAGAGCGCCGUACGCGGUUGGGGUAAAACCAGAGCGGACGAGUCCGGGUUCCUGUCCAGGACGGUGCUGAGCCGCUGGAUCUGCUCCUUCUGGGAGAACCUGAAGUUCCAGUGUGCUUUAAGGUCUGAGAUGGUGAUGAUGAGUCUGACUCGCUCUGUACUUCAGCUUCUCUCCUUCUGUGGUUUCAUCAGCCUGGACCAGCAGGUGUACCAGUACCUCCAGUAACCUUCAUCUUCACCUUCAUCAGGUCCAGACAUCCUCCAUCCGUCCAUCACUCUGUUCACCUGCACAAACCAGCCAGAACCUGCACACAUGAGGGUCAAAAGUAUGUGGACACCUGACCACCAGCUUGUUGGAGACCCCAUCCCAGAACCAUGCAGCUACAACAGGCUCCACUCCGAAGGUCCGGCUCGCAGGUGGCGUUCCAGUUCGUCCUAAAGGUGUCCGAGCUGUGUGCAUACCCAACACAUCAAACCAAAUGGCUUUGUGGUCAGGUGUGCAGUCACAUGCCGGAGCCGGAACAUGAACAAAGAGCUCCGGCUCCACCCGAGGGCUUCCGUAAUCGGACUGAUGGGAUCUGAUGCAGUAAUCUGUGUUCCGUUCGUUACCUGACGGCUCAGGUUCAUCUUUAACCAAAAUCUUCACUCGCACGGUGCUUUUCUUCGGUUCUCGCCGUCAAUCACAACACGAUGUGUUGCUGGUGUUUGUGGGCGGAGCUUAUUUUCCCACAGCAGUAGAAAUCUCACGUCGAGUAUUCAGUACAGUCCCGAUGUGGAUUGGGACGCAGCCAUAGAUGCUCACUGUCUAAAUCAGUGGUAGAAUCACUUUAGGAGUUUAACGACCGAACCUCCGUCCCUGAUUGGCUGACUCGUGUGCACUUCACUAUCCAGCAGCCAACAGAGAGUCACGCUAUGCUCUUAAACGUUCCUCCACCAGACGCACCGACGAGGAGAAACGCCGUCCGUCCUUCCCUACCUCAGACACGCCCAGAUGCAUCUGUCGACUCGAGAGCUUUAUCAGCGGUGUGCUAGCGUGUUAACCCAAACCUGCUCCGUCACUGGCGCAUCGCUGAACACAGCCGAGUGAGUUUUAAACUCUAUUCCUGAACGGUUGUGCAGCAGGAUCUGAUAAUGCAGAGUUUAUUAUUAUUAUUACUGUUAAAUUUAACGACUAGUAGAAGAUUCCUACAGAGAGUCUCGGCACGUACGGAGGACCACGCUACUCUCUCUGUAUUCUUCCACCACGCCAACCAGCACAAAUCUGCUCAUCGAGGGUUCAAAUCAGUUCCUCUGUAGGAAGAUCUGUACGUCUGUUGGGUGUCCUGCUCAUUAUUUUAUCUAUUUUAAUACAUGUUAACACAUGAAGUACAAACGUUAGUGUUUUAUAAACCAUCAUGUUAAAUACUUGAAGCCUUUUAAAAUGUGGACCUGCAAUCAAAAUAUAUAUAUAUGUAAAUAUAUAUAAAUAUAAAUGCAUUAUUCAUCCCAAGUGUGUUGGUCAAUGUUU